GGGCGAAUUCAAAGGAUUCGCGACGUCAUAUCCUGCCGGAAGUAAGCUCCUUUGCUUGACGGGCAUCUAGUCAACAGCGUUUAUUCAGGGAGCCAUCAGUGAACUGCAGCAGUUAGUGAUCAGCUGGAGGUGGGGAACACAAGCGUCGCGACAGAGGUGUGAGUUGACGAAAAUUCGUUUACUAUCAGUUCUACUGUAAUCUCUGUUGAGAGAGGCUACCCACUCAUACGAUCACGAUUGGAUCAGGUUAACCUGCUCAGAGGAUUCGUCAGCUAAUCCAGAAUAGCUACCUCCCUCAGUGGUACAGUGGUGCGAGUGUAGCUGGCUCUAGUCAGUGUGGUGUUUCAAUAGGCUGAUAGUAAACUGAAAUAUUAAUUUUUCAGUAAGCGAUUUGUUGGGCCCGUUGUUGCUGGUUUCGACGGGCCACCGUGACUCGCGUGCACCAAGAAUUGACUUCUAGUACACGUCUUCACGCACAUCGAUUGAGGAAUCUAGGGAUAUCCGUUCAUAAAAGGGACCACUAUGUGGCUGACAGGCAAAAAUGAUCGCAGUCAACAGCGGGACCACAUCUUUAAAGAGGUCAUACUGGAGGUGCGACAAGCUACUCCGAGCAGUCGGCUAAGCCCAGCGCUGCGUCACAAACUUGAGCGAUUUUCCCUGCAGGAACGCAGCCAGCUUGUGAAUCGAGUACGUGAUGGCUGUACACCUCUAUUCACGGCCGCUAAGAAGGGUGUUGUUGAGAUCGUGCGCUACCUAUUGGAGAUGUGCGGAGCAAAUUCGGAACAGCGCGGCAUCUACGAAGUACCGUUCGAUCGCACAAUGCACUAUGUGACGCCUUUAUGGUGCGCUGCCGUUGUGGGCAAGAUUGAGGUUUGUCGUAUAUUAGUCGAGCACGGAGCGGACGUUAAUACAGUGUCGGACACAGGCUCCACGGCUGUUCGUUCAGCUUGCUAUAUGAGUAACAUUGACGUCGUACAGUUCCUCGUCGGCCAGGGCGCCGACGUGAAUCGGCCAAAUCAGAAUGGCGGAACCUGCCUUAUCAACUCUGUGCAAUCAAUCGAGCUGUGUCAGUUUUUGAUUGAUAAGGGAGCUGAUAUCAACGCACGAGAUUCCCAGUUUAAGACCGCACUGCACUAUGCUGUUCAAGAGGAUCGAGUCGAAACGACUAAGCUUUUGCUGAGUUAUGGAGCUGAUCACACAGCGUGUAGCAAACAUGGUGACGAUGUCUUGCAAACUGCGUGUCUGAAGGGAAGUGCCAACAUUGCUGAGUACCUUAUUGACACGAUUGAUUACCCACCACAUCGGGUGGCUGACGCCCUAGAGCUGCUUGGAGCAACUUACCUCGAUGAGAAUCAUGACAAGACGAUGGCACUCGGUUACUGGCGUCGUGCUGUUGCCUAUCGGGAGGCGCAUAACAUCAAGAAGAUCAUCACAGACCCACCUAAAGAAGUAUUUCUUAAUCGAGUGCCUUUCAGAACGUUCGAUGACGUAAACGCUUUAGCUAACGACAUGGAUGAAAUGCGUCUGCAGAGUCUGCUGGUCAACGAGCGGGUGCUGGGUCCGAGUCAUAAGGACUCUAUUUUUCGGCUAAUGUAUCGGGGAGCCGCUUAUGCUGACAGCAUGCAGCAUCAGCGGUGCAUUGAUCUCUGGAAAUACGCCGUAGAGAUUCGGCUGAGUAAGGAUACUGUGCUACAUAAUGAGACCUGUGUUGCUCUCCAAUCGUUAACAAAAAUACUAUUCGACGCUCAUGAUAAGCAUGCCUCGGGCGUAUUCGACGAGCCUGUGAAGUUUCGCGACGUAGACUUCUUACUUGAGAAAUUGCUGCAAUGUUUUCCGUCCGCUAUAGAGCAGUUACAACAGCGACCCGUUUUCCGUAAGCAGCAAGAAAAUUGGGAUCGAGUGCUCAAGGUUCUUAUUCAUCUUCUACAUUUAGCUGAGGUAUUGGCAAAGAUGUCUUCACAAAAAAGCAACCUGCUACGCUUGGCACGAAAACUCGUCGUACUUAAUCCGAGAAUGACAAACGGCAAUUCUCUGCUGCACAUGGCCGUUGGAAAGGUCGACAGCCUGCAGCAACCGUACUUCGAGGACCAUCGUCAGCAGCAACAGCAUAUCUUCCCAGACCCAGUUACAACACGCAUGCUAUUGCAAGUCGGCGCUAAUGUUGAGGCCGUGAACGAGGAUGGAUCUACACCGCUGCAUACGGCAUCGCUUAGAGUCAACUAUCGUGAAGAGAUUGUCCGGAUGCUGUUAGACGCGGGCGCACAUAUUGACCGAACAAAUAAGCAAGGCAACCAGCCAUACAGAAUGCUCGGGGGCAAUCAGGAAUGUCGAAUUAAAGUUGCUGAACUUAUCACGCUCAAGUGCCUGGCAGCAAGCAAGGUGAAGUCCAACCACCGAACCUACGAAGGCCUUAUUCCGAAAUCGUUGGAGGAGUUCAUCCGGAUUCAUUGAGGGACUAGAGAACAGCAACGGACCAUCUCGGACUCGAAUAAUAUUUCUUUAAAGCACAAAAACCAAAAAAAUCGACUACAACAAGAAGAAACGAAGACAAAUAGACCCAAUAAAAACGUCGGAGAAGCCACACCGUUUGUUUGUAUCAACGUUUGCCAGUGUUUGGACCGUUUGCACUCGGCUUAAUGAAUUGGAAAAUGUGGAGUGCAGUUCUUUCAUCACUGACUACUUACACACAAGCACAAAGAAAGGUGAUGAAUGUAACUGAUGCUUGGAUGAUGGACGUGAUUGUUAUAGCUCAUACAUCAUCAUGGUCAUCAGGCGUAGCAGAUCUUCCAGGUGUGUGCUAUACAAUUCGUGGAUGUACUUAGUUUUUGUGCAGACUUGUGCCGCUUCUAAGAGCCAUCAAAGGCGCGGUAGCCCUACCAUCUGCACGUUCCCGUCAGGGAACGAUUUCCCGUUUCGUCGAUCCUCAUUUCGCAGCCAGCACUUUUUUGCCAAGGAAACUGUAUGGUGGUAUUGAGUUAAUCGAAUACGGGGAAACACCACCAAGUGUGGGACAUAAGGAAGUAAACGCGGAGGGCUUCCACCAAUAUUCGUAGGUGCUCCACAGAUUGAAAGAACAUAUUAAUGAUCACGAUCAAGAGAACGGAUCUUGAAAAGUCUCAUACACGAUUGGAUUCAAGGGCAGAUUUUGUGGCAAAACGAAGAUCGUGCAGUUCUCGUUGGCGGGCAGCCAGUCAUCUGGACAUACAGUAACGUGAAUUUUACGCCUGCACUGCCGUUGUAAGCAAUGUCGUCUUCAUCUGCCGAUAAUCGGUGCGACGUGGAAUCAAUCAGCGAAGUCUACAUGGAAUAAAGUUACCUGUGCUUGAGGUGAACUCUAGAAUAGGUUCGACAGAUGUUGGGAGAAUUCAACGGCAUCGCAAACACAGCCAAAGAAGGGAGCCCGUUGGUCUGCGCAGCACCGCGUCUUGCUUUUCUGCUGCUACCGCUGCUGUUUAUGCUGUCUCGAUUGCGUUGCCGUUAUUGUCUACCAAACAUCGCCAUGGCGGUUCUCCUAUACGAAAUCUCGGUAAUGUCUCAACAAAUAUUCGUAUGUGGAUAGAAGGAUCCAAUUGGAACGGUCGGCAGAAAACCUCGUAAAAUGAUGAUAGAUCAUUUUUACGAUUACUUACACGCGUAAAUUUUCGAACGUAUGGCAAUUAGGAGCAAGCACUGAUAGGAACAUUUAUCAGAAUAGUGUUCUAAUAAUAAUUGCAAAUACAAACUCAAAUUUUAAGCUGUGUCAACCAUUUAUUGCUAAAAUUUACAGAGAACAAGCAAGUGACUCAACGGUGUUGCCAUCCAGGCAAGCGAUCCAGGCAGGCGAUCCAGGCUGUCUGGAUCGACUCGAAAUCGAGUCGUAUAAAAUAGUGCUUUCCUGUUCAAUACUGUAGUAAUAAACGCAUUGUAUUCCAGCAGCAAGUCUCAUAACUGAUCUACUGAGCACCGCGGAGGGGUUAAUUAUCACAACAAUAUAUAUAUAUCAUACUAAGCAUUCUGAAUUAAAUGAGUGAGCAAAUACACGACAGAAAAGUCGAAGUAUAUGAAUAUUUACGUUAACGAUUUAUUUUAAGUUAAUUGCAUCUUUAUUGAAGAAAUAAGAAGCAAUCAUUUUAACGAAGUAAGUUUAUAGGCAUCGAUUUUUAAAUUACAAAUCGCACGCGUAAUGUUUUUGUUUACUUCAAAGGGCAGUGAAUGUUCGUCUUGCUUUUUAAUCAGCUCGUUUAGAUUCGAGUAAGCUUCACCUAUUCAUUCCUUGAGAGAAAACAUCAUUUAUUUCAAAAUUAUUUUUAGUAAAAAUAAAUUAGUAAAUUGUUGGUAGGCAAAAGGAGGGGAUCAACUGCUGUGAAAGGUAUGAGACGAUGCGCUUGUUGAUACGGCUCUGACACGAGCUGCAAUAUAUUUCAAAUUAAUGAACCAAAUAUCAAACAAAAGUCAUAGGUCUGUUAGUAAUCCUUAGAUGACUUGCUUCCAUGUCCAUCGACUAUUGAACAUUAGUUUAUUUUAUACAUAUGUUAUAGCGUACAAUUGUUUCUCGUACUUUCUAGCUUGCCGUCAGAACUCGUAUAGUAAAAUAGAGGAAAGCCUAAUUAACCUAUGCUUGUUGCCGCUUCGUUUCAUGCUCCUGUUAGGCGCAACGAAUAUGAAUACCAUAUCGAUAGCAUAUAAUGGAACACGUGAAUGCCUUAGCUAAAUAUCUAAUACGCACUAGUCUUAUUAGAAAUAGCUUAAUUUUGAUUUAAAGCUCUAAUUCUGAUAUUAUAACACACUAGUCAAACCACAUAGAUAUUGUAGUUAAACAACGGUCACUCAAUAUAGCGGCCGCAACUAUAUAACUGUAAUCUGUUAGCUUUCGCCGCGCUCUCCCUACGUAUACUCAUGGCGCAGGGAGGAGAAAUGAAAAGACCGCCAGAUGGAACUAGUGUCGCGGUAUUGCUACUAGCUAACUUCAGUUCUCUGUUUCCCUCUUUUCCCACCGAAUGAUAUUUAGAUCGUGGGUUGGAAAAGUUUAUUUUUGUUAGUAUUCCAUUCUUUGUUUUCGGAUUUGCCAAUAAAAUUUUUUUAAGAAUAUUCGGAAUUGUUAGAGUUCUUUUUUCGAAUUUUCCGAAAUGGUUUCGAGUAUUUAGAUGAUUGUCAGUUUGUAAAUGGUAAGACAUCAUUCCCGAAACGACGAUACUACAGUUACUUCGAAGAGAUCAGCAGAGUUUCAAGGAAACUGCCUGUUUUCACCAAAUGUUUGUCGCUUCAGAGAAAUUGCUAUAGUUUCAAAGAAGUCAUAUAUAUAGCUUCAGUGUUGAUAAUUUCACUAGCCCCAAAAAAGAAAAAAGCCUGUAAAGUGUGACACGGUUAACGGUUGUGAAAAAUCUGUUCAUUUUUUUAUCAUACAAAAAUAACUGAAAAAAUACUCGAAGGCAGUAUAGCGGAUUAAUUUGUGAAGAUCAAAUAGUGCUGACAAUCCCAAAAAACCUUAAUUGCAAGAAUAUAAAAAAACACUGUACUUUUUAGAGGUUCAAUUUAGUUUUCUGAACUAUGUUCUGAACAAGAGUUCUGAACUGUGAUAAUUCAAAUCAGUUUAUCGAAUAUGCACGAUAUCCAGAUUAUAUUGUUUGUCAUGUUUUUAACAUCAUGUCAUUUAAGUGACCGCCUCGCACUUUCCUUGAAAAGCUUCAAAUGAAACAAGCAAUUUUUUAUAUCUCCAAUUGUACAAAGCUUAGGCUUAGUUCUACGCUUUGGAUUCUUUUCCACAGGCAAAAAUUAAGUUAACGCAAAUAAUUAACGCAAUGGUACGCGUAAUACACGGAAGGUGGCAUGUUUAUCAAAAUUCUGCUUUAAUGACUUAUAAAGUUCCGAGUGCUCAAUGACAAGUGACACUUUUUUUAUUGGCACCAUAUAUUUUCUACAUCAGACUCACUCAGUUUCAGCCACAGAAAGUCCCUUAAUGUGUUUUUUUAAGAUGUAUAGUUAAUGCCUUGAACACUUGUAAAAGUGAAGCAAAAACGGCCCGAUGACAUCUGCCACAACUAUUUCAACUCCAUAAUGUAGUUCCUCAUAAACGUGAUUCUCCUACGUCCGUAUGUAAUCAUUUUGGCUAUUCGCUAAUCUAGUGGCGUCUAGUUGCCCUAACAGGCCUUCAGCAACUGCAAUAAGAACUUCAUUCGUGUGAAGUAAGCUAAAAUCCAUGGGUGCUUACGGCACGGAGUUACGGAUUUAGACCUGGUCCUUUCAAGCCUUUCCAUAAAGCAAAGCAAAAAGGUCUAGGAAAAUGCAACAUGCCUACUGUGCACUUGAUUUUAUCUUUAGCAUUUAAAUCACGCCGAUCUAUUCUGGAAUGAAUGAUCCUAUAUAUUGGCUGGCUUAGAUAAAUUUAUUGUAUAAUAGUCUUAGACAAUACUUGAAUUGACCCACAAAGGCCGAUAUUACCCGCUGCCACGUUUUACUUAUGUAGACAUUCAUUAAAUAGAAUCAUGCGAUUUUCCCGCGUUUUGACAUAUCUGCAGACUUAGAUCUAUUUUGCAAAAGAACUGGCAGUGAACGUAUCGUUAUAAGUAACUCUAACUAAUUCAAUUUUUUUGCUUAGUAUAGUGAUUAAAUAGUUCGUGGAUAUAAACAGCACUACCGACAAAACAGUACAGCCAAAUGGAGGCUACAAGACGAUCUAGCACAGUAAAAGAAGCAACAUUUCGAAAUAGUAAAAACAACUCUAAGCAAAUAAUCGCUAAACCUAUUGCCAGGUGUUCUUUCAAUCAAUAUUGCGGCUUAUAACUUACCAUAAGCUUUAUACUGUCGCGACGUCGAUGACUGCCAAUAUAGCUUCAUUUUAUUUAACCACUCAGGUUCAUACAGUAACUUGCUAGCAGAUAUCUUCUUUUUAUAAUAUUACGGAGGAUAUAUCGGUAACUGACAACACACCCAGAAGCCCUGUGCAUAAAGCAGGAAGCUAAUCGAUAUUCAAUCAUCUGCGAGAUAUCAUUGAAAGGAACCCAAUCAUAUGAGCGGUCAUUGAUUUUGUCCCCUAAUCGGUAUUGCAGUGAUAUAAAAGCGAAUUCUUUUUUUUGCAAUAAAAGAAAGUCAGAUAUGGAAGCUUUCUAUUUUCUUCUCAGCCUAGAAAUCGUUCACUCGAAACUAAAUUUUUAUGAAAUGAUGAUGCUAUUUAUUACUUGUUUAUUCAUUGCGUUUGUGCAGAACAACAAUAAUAGAAAAACCUUAUGGCUAGCCAGCUAGAAUGUUUGUGUCAUAUAUAGGUGCAUGGCCCGAGUGUGCACACUCACCUUCACUUCAAUCGAAAUCAUGAUUGAAGAAACAUAAGUAUACACAAACAUAUGGGGCUAAAAGACAAUGUCGAUCUCGUUAUUCGUUAGACCGGGAAAGUAGCAGAUAAACGUUCACGAACAGCGCUUUCGUCAGUCCACUUGCAGCACUUUCAUCGGUAGUCAUUGUGCUGCUUUCAAUCACAACACUGUCUGGUCGCUAACACGAAUGACAAGUAUUUACUUUAUUGUAUAAAAUGAAGUUAUGAAUUUUUGAUCCGCAUUAUUUGUCCGAAUGAUCGUGGCAGCCAUACAGUCCAGCGUUACCCGUCGAAAAGAUCAUCGUAUC